AUGAAAGGAAUUUGAUUUGCUCUGCUCAUCAAGACAGGAGAAACAUCCACAAACGCUCUCAUCACUAAAGCAUUCAGUAAGAGAGUGAAGGACUAUGGCAUCUGCUGAGCCUCAGGAAACACUGGGAACCAAUGUUGACAUGAAAGCUGACAGAAAUGCAACUUUAAACGCUCCUGUACUUACUGGAAACACCAUAGCAGGUCCAAUACACAUCAGCUAUGUCAUGCCCCCUGGAGAGCGACGAGAAUCCAUAGAGAAGACAGGAAAACACUCAGAAGAUGAUUUAAUGCUGCAAGAGUUUUUGACAAUUCACAAAUCUAACAUGAAGGAAAAGGCAGAGCAUAUUUGUGAUGUCAAAAAAAAAGAAAAAACCCAUCUCAAGGAUAUUUAUGUAGAGCUCUUUUUCACAGAGGGUGAUAUUAAAGGAGUGAAUGAAGAGCAUGAAAGUCUACAGAUUGAUGAAGCUUUCAAGAGCAAAAAACAACAGGAGAGACAAAUUAACUGCAAUGAUAUCUUCAGUUCAUUGGGACAAAAUACGACAAAGAGAAAGAUUGUACUGACCAAAGGCAUCACUGGCAUUGGAAAGACCGUCUCUGUGCACAAGUUUAUUCUGGACUGGGCUGAAGGAAAAGCCAAUCAGGAUAUAGACGCCAUGUUCCUGCUUCCAUUCCGAGAAAUAAAUUUGAUUAAAGAAGAAAAGAUCAGUAUGCAUCAGUUUCUGAGUAAAUUUUAUCCUGAACUGAAAAAAAUUGAAAAAACAAAUGUAUAUAAGAAGUGUAAUCUUGCAUUUAUCUUUGAUGGACUUGAUGAGAGUCGACUGCCUUUAGAUUUUGAAAGUGAAAUGGUGACUGAUGUUGAUGAAAAAUCAACUGUGGAUGAAUUGUUCACAAGUCUCAUCAAAGGUCAUCUGCUUCCAUCAGCUCUUGUCUGGGUGACCUCACGACCAGCAGCAGCCAAUCAAAUCCCUUCAGAAUAUGUAGAUUUGUUCACAGAGGUGCAAGGAUUCACUGACCAACAGAAGGAAGAGUACUUCAGAAAAAGAAUCAAAGAUGAGUCUCAGGCCUCCAGAAUUAUCUCACACAUCAAGACAUCUCGUAGUCUCUACAUCAUGUGCCACAUUCCUGUGUUCUGUUGGAUCACGGCUAUUGUUCUUCUGGAAACUCUCAUUGAGAACAACACAGAGGACAUUCCCACAACACUCACUGAAAUGUACAUCCACUUCUUUCUGAUACAGAUGAACAUGAAGAACAGGAAACAUGAUGCAAAAGUUGAAAGAAACUAUACAAAGUUGAUGGAUUCAGAUAAAACAAUGGUUGUGAAAUUGGCCAAGCUAGCUUUUGAACAACUAAAGGAAGAAAAAACUGUGUUCGAUGAGGAAGAGCUGAAAAAGUGCGGUAUUGAUGUGAGUGAAGACUUGACUGAGUCCACAGGAAUGCUCACCGAGAUCUUUAAGAAAGAAGCUGGACUUCAUGAGGUGAAGGCUUUCUGCUUUGUGCAUCUGAGCGUUCAAGAGUUCCUUGCUGCGCUACAUGUUUUCCUCAAUUACCUGAACAAGAACCUGGAGGCACUUCAGUUUUUUUUUGAAAAGCCUUUCUUUGAAAAAAGGGACCAACGUGAACUUCGAAUGUUGUUUAGAAUGGCCGCCAAAAAACUUGAUUUGCACAAUUUACUAAACAAUGCUGUUGAUAAAGCAAUCCAGAGUGAGAGAGGACAUUUAAACCUUUUUCUAAGGUUUCUUCUGGGCCUUUCUCUGGAAUCCAAUCAGAAACUUCUAAAUGGUUUGUUUAGUAAGAUAAAGAGCAGAACCGAGAGCAUAGCAAAAGUUCAAGAACACAUUAAACAAUUACUAAACCACAACAUCUCAGCUGAAGCUUCAGUCAACCUGUACUACUGCCUACUUGAGCUAAAAGAUAAAUCAUUACACGAGGAAAUCCAGCGGUACCGGAGUUCAGGCAGAAAUUCAGGAAGAGAACUCUCAGCUUCAAUGUGUUCAGUGUUGACCUACUUACGGCUGAUAUCAGAGGAGGUGAUGGAUGAGUUCAACAUAAGGACGUACAACACAUCACCUGAAAACUACAUGAGACUAAUCCCAGCUUUGAGAUGCUGCAGAAAAGCCAUAUUGUCCGGCUGUAACCUCACUUUUGAGUGCUGUGAAAGUGUAGCAUCAGCUCUACAAUCACCAAACUCUCCUCUGAUAGAACUGGACAUGAGUCACAAUAAUCUACAGGAUUCAGGAGUGAAGCUGAUCUCUGAUGAACUGAAGAGCCAAACCUGUAAACUGGAGACAUUGAGGUUGUCUGACUGUAUGGUGACAGAGGAAGGCUGUUCUUAUCUGGCCUCAACUUUGAGGUCAAACCCCUCACACAUCAGAGAACUGGAUCUGAGCUACAAUAGUCCAGGAGUCUCAGGACUGAGGCAAAUCUCUGAUCUACUGAAAGAUUCACAUUGCAAACUGGAGAAACUCAAAUUGAGAGCCUGUGAUCUCAGUGAAGAGUGCUGUGAAAGUGUAUCAUCAGCUCUACAGUCAUCAAACUCUUCUCUGAGAGAACUGGACAUGAGUUACAAUAAUCUACAUGAUUCAGGAGUGAAGCUGAUCUCUGAUGGACUGAAGAGCCCAAACUGUAAACUGCAGAUACUAAAAUUUACAGACUGUAAACUCACUGCUGAGUGCUGUGAAAGUGUAUCAUCAGCUCUACAAUCAUCAAACUCGCCUCUGAAAGAAUUGGACAUGAGUUUUAAUAACCUACAGGAUUCAGGAGUGAAGCUGAUUUCUGAUGGACUGAAGAGCCCAAACUGUAAACUGGAGAUAUUGAGAUUAUCUCACUGUAAGGUGACAGAGGAAGGCUGUUGUUGUCUGGCUUCAUCUGUGAAGUUAAACCCCUCACACAUAAGAGAACUGGAUCUGAGCCUUAAUCAUCCAGGAGCUGAAGGAAAGAAGCUGCUCUCUGAUCUACGGGAAGAUCCAGACUGCAGACUGGAGAAACUCAGGUUGUGCGGCUUUGAGUAAGCACCAAAGCCCUGACAUGUGCGAGGUCCUUAAAGAUGCUGACAUUAUCAUUAAGGGAACUGCCUGAUUAUUUCAUGCAUUUAUAAACCUACAGUACCUUCCUUGUGCAACAAUUCUGUUGCCAUUUCUCCUCAUUCAUCUUUAAUCUAACUAAACUCAUUAUAGUCAGUUCUGUAUUGGGGAGGGGUUUAACUUUGGGCUGUUGGGCAAGUAGAUGCUAAGUGGUAGUUUGUACUUCACUACAUAUGAGUGUAGUUUCCUUACCUUUAAGUAAUUAUUUUUCAUGUAAUUAAGUCAUUUUUUAGUGAAAGGUGAUGAUAAAUAAUGGCCCCAAAUAUUUACCAUGUUUUUAUUAUGGUGCACGGUUUCCACUUACUCUUGUUUGUUAAGGUAAUGGUGAUGAUCUUUUUUGUUUUGUUUUUAUUAAAUAAACUUUGUAAUCAAAUCAAA